UUUUUCCUUUUCCUCCUCCGCAUUCAAACGGGCCUAAUUGUUUAAAUGAUUACGGAUUCGUCAAAAUGAUUUUGGAUUCAUCAAAACCAUAAAAUCUCCACUUUAAUUUUCCUUCAAAACGGAUCCUUGAUUUUAACUGUUUAAUUCAUCAGCGAGUUUCUGAAUAACAACAAUAUUGUUUGUCUGGUGCAGGAAAAUAUUAUUAGCAAAGAAAAUGUCAAUAGAUUUGAUACUGAAGCCUUCGUGCAGCGGUUGUGGAUCGACGGUGGAGCUGUAUGGUAGCUCCUGCAAGCACUUAACGCUUUGCCUGAGGUGUGGCAAAGCCAUGGCUGAGAACCGCGCGGAGUGCUACGAAUGUGGCACUCGCAUAACUCGGUUGAUUAGGGAAUAUAAUGUCAGAUCAUGCUCCAAUAAUGACAAAAAUUACUUUAUUGGAAGAUUUGCGACGGGGUUACCAACUUUUAAGAAGAAGAAUGAAAAUAAAUGGUCACUGCAGAAAGAAGGUCUUCAAGGCCGCCAAGUUUCUGACACCUUGAGGGAUAAGUACAAGAAUAAACCUUGGCUGCUGGAGGAUGAAACUGGCCAGUCUCAAUACCACGGUCAGCUUGAGGGUUCACAAUCAGCUACGUAUUACCUUCUAAUGCUUCAGGGGAAGGAAUUUGUUGCCAUUCCUGCUGGUUCCUGGUACAAUUUUAACAAAGUGGCACAAUAUAAGCAACUCACUUUGGAGGAAGCUGAAGAGAAGAUGAAAAAUAGGAGGAAAACUGCUGAUGGGUACCAAAGAUGGAUGAUGAAAGCAGCAAAUAAUGGAGCUGCCGCCUUUGGUGAAGUAGAAAAGCUUGAUGAUCGGGAAAGUGAGGGUGGUAGUGGGAGGGGACGUAAAAAAACUGCAGGGGAUGAUGAUGAAGCCAAUGUUUCAGAUAGGGGAGACGAAGACGAAGAAGAAGAGGCAGCUAGAAAAAAUAGGCUCGGACUUAAUAAAAAGGGUGGUGAUGAUGAUGAAGAAGGACCAAGAGGCGGCGAUCUUGAUUUUGAUGAUGAUGAUAUUGAAAAGGGUGAUGAUUGGGAGCAUGAAGAAAUUUUCACCGAUGACGAUGAAGCCGUCGGAAAUGAUCCCGAGGAACGAGAAGAUUUGGCCCCAGAAAUCCCUGCUCCUCCAGAAAUUAAGCAGGAUGAAGAGGAUGAGGAUGAAGCCGAUGAAGAAGAGGGAGGGCUGAGCAAAUCUGGGAAGGAGUUGAAGAAACUGCUUGGAAGAGCUAACGGGCUAAGUGAUUCAGAUGGGGAGGAUGACGACGACGAUGAUGACGAUAUGGAAGAUGAUAUUUCUCCCGUACUUGCCCCAAAGAAGGAAGCUCUUAAAGAAGAACCAGUUGAGAAUAACAGUCCAUUGAAAUCUGCUGCUUCUGGAUCUAGUCGUGGAACCCCGCCUACUUCUAAGUCUUCAAAGGGGAAAAGAAAAGUUAGUGGUGAAGAGUCAAAAACAACUAAUUCUACACCUAUGAAGAAAUCAAAAACAGAAAAUGAACUGAAGUCUGUGAAAAGUGAGACUGCAUCCGUGGCAAAAAGUACACCUUCUAAAAGUGCAUUACCAUCGGCACCUUCAAAAUCUGGGGCUACGCCGCCCACUGGACUAGUUACAGCAGAUGAAAUCAAGGCCGUGUUAAUGCAGAAGACACAAGUGACCACACAGGAUCUUGUUGGCAAAUUUAAAUCUAGACUAAAGUCGAAAGAGGAUAAGGAUGCUUUCGCUGCUACACUGAGAAGAAUAUCAAAGAUACAGAAGACCCAGGAGGCAAACUACGUAGUUUUGAGAGAGAGGUAAACUCUAUCCAUCUGUAGAAUGUUUGUCAAAUUCGUGGAUUGAUAAAUAUUGAACUUGUUGUGAAGCCUCGUGUUUUUUUUUUUUUUCAAUCCCUAAUUACUGAACGAGAGAAGUAUGUGUGGAAGAAUUUUAUGAUCUCAUUUUCUGUGGACA